AUGCCUCCCCAAAGAAAUGCACGGCCGACGCCGGCUGAGAUCUCUCUCGUCCACCUCAAGAGCUGUCUUGUGAACCUCCCCGCCUCUCUAGAAUCCCUGCUGGUAAACCUGAAUACGCCCGCGCAAAAUGUCAUCGUCGAACUAAACUACCGCCCCUCUCCUGUCAAUGGAGCCCCCCCGCCCGGCACGGCGGCGCAGGGCGUGUCGGUCUUCCUUGGGUGGACCGGCAUGCCCAGCAAGCGCAAGGUGUCGGCGCCCAUCGGCCGUGAGAAUGGCUUUCGGGCGAGCCCAGCUCGCAAGGACCUCCCUCUCGUCGAGAUCGAUACCGUCCUAGCGAAUACUCUCGGCCUCAACGAUGGCCAAAAGGUUCUUACCACCGUCCAUAUCGAUCCGCCCCUCGUGCACACGAUCAACAUCGAGCCCUCAACAACCGAAGACUGGGAAGUCAUUGAACUUCACGCAAACUUCCUCGAGCUCAAUAUGCAGUCCCAGAUCCGAGCGAUUCCGAACCCCAAGUAUCAUCCGACUGGAGGUUCCCCCGUUCCUCCUCACCUCUUGACAGUCCAUCUUUCCCCGACUACGACGGCCAACAUUAAGGUGACGGCCAUCGAGCCAGCUUUGCCUGCCGACCAACCCUUCGCUAAAGUGUCGCCCGACGCGGAAAUGAUCGUGGCACCCAAGACCCGGGCUAAGGCCGCCUCUCAGAGUCGUGGGGAUACCCGCAGCGUUGCCAGCACAUCAAAGUCGAAGAAAAGUAGGGGAAGUUCUAAGAAGCGCAGAGAAGAACCGCCACCGGCCCUGUACCUUCGUGGUAUGGACCGCGCUGUCUGUAGUGACUGGUUCGAUGAUGAGGCUACCGUUGGGGAGUUUAGUGUGUGGGCCGACCAGGAUGUGCUCGCCGCUGGUGGAUUCAGAGGGGUGGAUUACGUCGUGGUAGAGAUUAUGAAGCCUUCUGGUAUACGCCAGGCUAAACCCGAGGAAGCCCAGGCCGUUUCAGCGACAAAUAAAGCAGUUGCGCGGCUACGCUUCUGGGAGGACUCUCCCAACAGCCAGGCUAUUGCCCUUUCGUCUGCCCUGUGCUCCGCAUUCGGAUCUCAGGAUGUCCUAGGAGGAAUCGUCAAGAUCCAACCCGCACCCUUACCUCUCCAACGCAGCGCCGUCAAGUCGUUGAAGGUCUAUCCAUUCGCCACGGGGGAGGACGAGAGCGAAGGCCUGAAAUUUGGAGGAGAAUCCAAAGCGGAGAAGGAGGAAGCCGCCAAGCGCUUCAAGACCAUAUACUCGAGGAACGGCGGCCUGCUUGGUGGAGGGCCUAUUACGGACGGCACCGUCUUUGGUCAAUUCCCCGGACUUCACGCUGCUGAUGGCUGGGAAGGUGGUCUUGUGAAGUUCGAGGGCGACACCCACAAGGAUGAUUCUGUCAACUGGGUCGCGUCCCUGGACAGCAAAAUUUCCGUCCAAUUCCAGCCACCUAUUCCGAAACCACCUUCUCACGUAUCAAGCGAGGAUCCCUGGGAGUUAAACCCCAUCCCCGAUACCGUGCUAUCGGGCGUCGAUAGCUUGAUGAAUAACCUAUUCACACAGCUGCGACAUAUGUCGUCGACGUUGCUUGCCGGCGCCAUGGGCUCUGGGAAAACUUCCCUCGUCAAAUUCCUAGCCCAACGGUUACGCAAUGAAUUACUGUACCACAUCGUCUACGUUCCUUGCAGGAGCCUAAUUAACGAGGAGAACCGGACCUCGAACAUAAAAGAGAUCCUCACGCGCGCCUUUAUGGGCGCAAGCUGGGGCGCUCGCCUCGGAGGCAAGGCUCUUGUCAUCCUUGAUGAUCUGGAUAAACUUUGCCCCGUCGAAACGGAGCUUGUUGUCGGGAACGAUAACGAAAGGAGCCGACUGCUUAGCGAGACUGUUGUCUCUAUUGCGAGGCAAUACUGCGAUCGGGCAAGCGGUGUCGUGUUGCUCGCUACAGCUGCCGGCAAGGAGUCGCUUCACAAGGUGUUAAUCGGAGGCCAUGUCGUACGUGAGAUUAUCGAACUAAAGGCUCCCGACAAGGACGCAAGGAGGCAGGUUCUCGAAUCCAUCAUCAACGAGACUCUUAAAUCCUCCGAGCGAGCCGACGGGGACUCUAGCGAUGAUGAGGGAAGCCGGCCACCUACCGCAGAUGGCAACUCGUCUGCGGAUGCUCACGGCGACUGGAUGGAGAGCGGCAGCCCACCACAACGUCGAGGUUUGAAGAAAGCCGCUGCCGGCUUCACUUUGGACGCUGACCUGGACUUGUUGGACAUUGCUGGACUGACCGACGGCUACAUGCCUUCCGAUCUUUUCACUCUCGUCAACCGAGCGCGCAACGAGGCCAUCUUUAGGGUAAUUAAUGGUGGAGAGCUCGAGGAGCGGGCUGGCUUCCGCCUCUGUCGGGAGGAUUUCGACAAGGCGCUCAAGGGGUUCACUCCCGCCUCCCUUCGAAACGUUCCCUUGCAGAGAUCCUCUACAACCUUUGCCUCCAUUGGUGGCCUGAAGGAGACGAGGCAAGUCCUGCUCGAAACACUAGAAUAUCCCACAAAAUAUGCUCCCCUCUUCGCAAAGUGUCCUCUUCGGUUGCGCUCGGGUCUUCUCCUUUACGGCUACCCCGGCUGUGGUAAGACUCUGCUCGCUAGCGCGGUAGCCGGCGAGUGCGGCCUCAACUUCAUCAGCGUCAAGGGUCCCGAGAUUCUCAACAAGUACAUCGGUGCUUCGGAAAAGAGCGUGCGAGACCUCUUCGAGCGAGCUUCGGCCGCAAAGCCCUGUGUCUUGUUCUUCGACGAGUUUGACUCCAUCGCGCCGAAACGUGGCCACGACUCGACCGGCGUGACGGAUCGCGUCGUCAACCAGCUCCUCACACAAAUGGACGGCGCCGAAGGGUUAUCGGGCGUAUACGUCCUCGCGGCGACGUCUCGGCCCGACCUCAUCGACCCGGCUCUUCUCCGACCCGGUCGUCUCGACAAAUCUUUAAUCUGCGACCUGCCCGAUAUUGAGGACAGACUCGACAUCCUCAAGGCUAUGUCUCAAAAGGUCCGCCUCGACGAAGAUCUGCUAGACUCGGAUGACGCAUUUGCCGAACUCGCCCGCCGCACAGAGGGAUUCUCAGGCGCCGACUUGCAAGCCCUCGUCUCCAACGCCCAGCUCGAAGCCAUCCAUGACGUCCUCAAGGGCCACGACCUCACCGCCGCUAGCACCAACACCCACAACGGCCAAUCCAGUGGCGCUUCCAAGGCCGGCACCCCGAGCUUCAUACAGUUUCCCUACGGCGCCCCCGCACCGGGCUCAUCAUCCUCGCGCUCCGCCACCAGCCGAGCCAACGAACUCGCCGAGAAUGCGCGCAUCCUAUCCAAGCUCGAAGGGAUCCGGCUCGCGAAGAAGAAGGCCAAGCUCGUCCAGAAGACGCGCGUGGCGGGCGGCGGUGCUGUCCUCGGCGUCGAAGAAAACGGAGGCAAGGCAGCUCCGGCGGCGGGUCACAAGGAGGCUGUGAUUGGGUGGUCGCAUUUCGAGGCGGCGCUGGAGGGUAUGAGGCCUAGUAUUAGUGCUGAGGAGAGGGCGAGGCUUGGGAGGAUUUAUAAGGAGUUUGUGGGGGAGAGGAGUGGGGAGAUGAGGGAUGGGCAGGGGAGUUAUGAGGUUGGGGGCCGGACUAGUUUGAUGUGA